GUUCGAAAUCGCGACGACGCUUCAACGCCAUCAAACCGGUGCUGCCGGAAUUCGCAGUCUGAAGUCUCUCAUUUUCUGACAGAUAAUGGGCUGGUGGAGCAUUCUUCUGCUGGGGCUGCUGGGAGGCCACCACGCGGCGUCAGCUGCCGAAGCGGCUUCAUCGGUGUGUGACAGGGCAGCCCUCGUCCCCGCCUUCGGCGACGAUUCAGAGGCAUUCGAUAUCUGCUGCUACUCAGGUCAGGUGCAUAGUGCAGCACCUGCUCACAUCCGUCUACUGGACAUCCAACGCCUUUCUGCCCUCUGUGCUGUGUCCAGGAACGUUUCUGGUAAAAAUGCUGUCAGAGCUGAAUGGCGGCGACAAGAAGACUGUAGAUCACGUAAGGAAUGGAUGGAUGUGAGCCGCAUCGCUCUCCCCUCUCUCUCUCUGAGACUCAUUGAUGCAUUUCUCCCACUUACUGCGUGCAGGUGUACGAGAACCUGCAGCCCUACCUUGGUGGUGCUGCCGAGAUUUCCAAGCUGCCAGACCCAGCGCAGCGCGCCGACCUCACCAACCUGCGCACGGAGGUGGGGGAGACCGAUAAAGCGGCCCUUCAGGGGUACGACCAGCUGCUGGCGACUGGGCUGUGCUACGGCAAGCUGACGAACUGGAUCCUCGACCCAUCCAAGGGCCUGCAGAGCAAGGAUGGCGUCCUCCUGGCCGUGCCGUCCUACCGUGGAAGGGAGAAGGAGGAGGUGAUCGACCUGCUCAUGCGGCUGUAUCACUCGGACGACUACGAUGAGAUCGUGCAUUCGUGCGCGGGCGUCCUGCUUGACAAACGAUAGGCGGGCA